AUGGCUCCCCUGUUUUUGGUGCUUGGAGUUCUGCCUUUGGCAUUAGCUGGUGGUCAUGACUAUGGUGCAGCUCUAAGCAAGAGCAUUCUCUUCUUUGAAGCUCAGAGAUCUGGUUACUUGCCCAAAAAUCAAAGAGUCCAAUGGAGGGGCAAUUCUGGCCUCAACGAUGGCAAAAUGAGUGGGGUGGAUCUGGUGGGAGGAUACUACGAUGCAGGGGACAAUGUGAAAUUUGGGUUGCCAAUGGCAUUCACUAUAACCAUGAUGUCUUGGAGCAUAAUUGAGUAUGGAACCCAAAUUAGUUCUAGUGGAGAACUUGGAAAUGUCCUUGAUGCUAUUAAGUGGGGCACUGAUUAUCUGAUCAAAGCCCACCCUCAACCUUAUGUCCUCUAUGGAGAGGUUGGAGAUGGAGACACGGACCACUAUUGCUGGCAAAGGCCAGAGGACAUGACCACAUCAAGGGCAGCUUACAAGAUUGACCCUAGCCACCCGGGUUCCGACCUUGCUGGUGAGACCGCUGCGGCAAUGGCGGCUGCCUCUAUCGUCUUUCGCCGUUACAACCCUGCCUAUUCGGCUGAGCUCCUCAAACAUGCUUAUCAGCUAUUUGAUUUUGCAGACAAAUACAGAGGUAAAUAUGAUGGCAGCAUCACAGUGGCACAGAAGUAUUACCGAUCUGUCAGUGGAUAUGCUGAUGAGUUGUUGUGGGCGGCUGCAUGGAUGCACAAGGCCACAAACAAUCAGUACUACUUGAACUACUUAGGGAAGAAUGGGGAUGCACUUGGUGGAACUGGCUGGGCCAUGACGGAAUUUGGUUGGGAUGUCAAGUAUGCUGGUGUCCAGACCCUGGUUGCUAAGUUCUUGAUGGCAGGGAAAGGUGCCGGUUAUGCACCAGUCUUUGAGAAGUACCAGGAAAAGGCCGAAUUUUUCAUGUGUUCAUGCCUUGGGAAGGGCACGCGUAAUGCUCAGAGGACUCCCGGGGGCCUCAUUUUCCGGCAGAGAUGGAAUAAUAUGCAAUUUGUGACAAGUGCUUCAUUCCUUCUCACUGUCUACUCCGAUUAUCUGUCCUCUGCCAGAAAAUCCCUGAAGUGUGCUUCUGGUUUUGUCACCCCAUCUGAGCUUCUAUCAUUCGCAAAAUCUCAGGUGGACUACAUUCUUGGAGACAACCCUAGAGCCACAAGUUACAUGGUGGGAUAUGGAAAUAAUUACCCGAAGCAAGUUCACCACAGAGCAUCCUCAAUUGUCUCGUAUAAGAUAAACCCUUCUUUUGUUAGUUGCCGAGGAGGGUAUUCCACUUGGUUUAGCAGGAAGGCAAGUGAUCCAAAUCUCCUUACCGGUGCACUUGUUGGUGGACCGGACGCCUAUGACAAUUUUGCUGACCAAAGAGGCAACUAUGAACAAACUGAGCCUGCUACUUAUAACAAUGCUCCCUUCCUUGGUAUAUUGGCAAGACUGCAUGGCGGCCACAGCGGAUACAAUCAGCUACUUCCUGUGGAACUUCCUUCACUUAAACCAGUCGCUGCUCAACCAAAGCCAGCACCCAAACCAGUUGUAAAUCCAGCUAUAGCCAACUCAAUUGUCCUCGAGCAGGAGGAGAGAAUUUCAUGGGUUUUUCAAGGAAAAACUUACUACAGAUACUCAACGAAAGUGACCAAUAAGUCUACAAAAACCCUGAAGGACUUGAAGCUCUCUAUUACAAAGCUUUAUGGUCCUCUAUGGGGUCUUACGAAGGCUGGUAAUUUUUACUUCUUUCCAGCAUGGAUAAACUCUUUGCAAGCUGGAAAAAGCAUCGAAUUUGUGUAUAUCCACUCGGCUUCUCCUGCAGAUGUCUCAGUAUCAAGCUACUCACUUGUCUAA